UUAGAGACAUCUCUAUCCGCAAUGCGCAUAUGCUAUUCCCUUCAAAAUAGAUCCUCCGUCUUUGCCGUUUCACUUGAAAAAUACCCAAAACCAUCAAAUUCUGUCACUCGCCAUUAGCCACUGGCAGAGGUCCCGCCUCACCUUUUCGUCGACACACACUCAUCAGCGAGUGUUUGCUAAAUUCAAUCAGAGGUCCAUUUUGAUGGAAGUAGGAGAGAGCGUAUUGGAUGCAAUAUAUGAAGAAGGCGACGAAUUACAAGACAUUGAAGAUGUUGAAAUGGUUGACUUGGAGGAAGGAGAGCUGGUCGACCAAAAUUUACACAUUAAUUUGGGGCAGAGCGUCACCGAGGGCGGGCGUGAUAGUGUCGGAAAUCAAGAUUCCCAAAGCAAAAAUCGCAAGCGCCGUUCAAACAAGAAGAGGAAUAGGAAAAGGAGAGGUGGUGCAGGGCAAGGUGUUACAAAUAUAGACAAGUUUGUGCUAGAUACAUGUAGACGGCUGAAAGAGAAAAAAUCCUACAUGUUAUAUACUGCUGUAGGUAUUUUGGGGAUUUCUGCUUUAUCUGAUCUGGUGAAACAGGUGGACGCAAUUCAGUCUUGUGGAGGGCAGAUGACUGCCGAUGGCAGACGAUCUAGAACAGGAGGUGGGAUUCUAUGGAACAUCAUGAAAACGAAAGAACCAACGGCCUAUAGAGAGAUAAUGAAAAAGUCCAAGGAAUUUGAGAAGCAAUUUAAGCGACAAAAUAUCCAGCGAGCACCAGAGAAAAAGGAGGCUUCCUCUCAAGAAGCUGCAUUAACUGAUGGGACUCAAUCCAAUGUUCCGGAUGAUUCUAUGCUUGAUUGUCAAAAUCAGCAUGAAAAGUCCAGUUAUGAACAGAAGCACAGAUCUGUUCGUGAUAGGAUCAGGGCACCCGUUUCCUAUGAUGACCUACUUGGAGAUGAUCCAAAAAAUGAUUCUGCUUGAAUUUUGGGAAUGCUUUUACUUUGGAGGUUUUUUAUUUUUACUUUGUGGACACGAAUAUCUUUUUAGGCUGCGAAAUAGAAAAUUUCUACCCAUCUUUUAUAGGAGGAGAAUUUACUGAGAGUACGAUAAUGGCGGCUGAGUUACAUAAUUUUUCAAUUGAAACUUUUGGUCUCAAAUUCUAUCUCCAGUUGCAACUUUAAUAUUUUACUAUAGCUAAUUGUCAUAUACAAUUUUGCAGUUGAAAUAUAUAACAAUCCUUCAUA